AUGGGCGUCCUCUCCCGCCUAGUGACGUUCUUCGGCCUCAUCCUGCUGGCUCAUGCAGGCUACUCCGCCCACGAACACACCAUCCUCUACAGCAACGCGCGCCUCUCAUCCACGACCGCCCUGCCGCUGGACAUCGUCAUCGAAGCCCUGGUCUCCCUCGUGCUCGUGUCCACGGGCCUCGUCCUGGGCGCGGAGAAGCUGAAGCCGAUUAGCUGGAGUGAGUGGGCGGGGCAGAUUGAGAGGGAGGGCGGGAUGAGGAAUCCGUAUCGGAGGUUGGAGGAGAGGUACAGUUUCUGGGAUGUGAGGGCCAAGCGGAAGGAAUUCGCGGAUUGGAUUCGCGGGGAUGAUCUGGUGAAGGAGUGAUUGUUUCCUUGUCUUUGGGUCUGGGGCUGAGGUUGGGGGUAGUGGGUAUAGCAUGGCAUAGCGUGGCAUAGCAUGCUAGGGCGGAUGGUGGAAUGCGCCGGUGUAUAUUAUCUGAGUAUGAAUGAAUGGAUAUGUUGGUUGAUUAUACUGGUCCUGGUUGUGGUUGUGGUUGUGGUGUUGGAUGCUUGCGCUGUUUCUUCGCUGGGGGUUUAUGAGGGGAGUCAAGCCUGGUGCAGGGAACAGUCGAGAGCGUUUAAGCAUGGUGGACGGUUCAAGAGACUCACUCGUCUUGGGCGGAUUUGUUGACUUGCUCUGCGUACCAGGGCUACAUCAGGCGUGAGCUCCUUGUCAGGUGGUUAGUAUGGCUUUUCCGGACUGAGAAGUGUUCAUCAUGCCGCGUUGGAUGCGAAAGGGAACAGAGCGAGAGCGACAAAAGGAG